AUUCUUAGGGGGUAGAACCGAUGUUUUUCCUGACUUCAGUCACUUUGUUAUAAAAUAUCAAUGCCGAACACCUGAACCGCGAUAACAGGCUCGUUCCUUUUAGUUGUAGGGAUAUUGCAGCGGUCGCCUAUGCCCAUUUCAAACAUGGCGGCUGCUGCUCGUCUGUCCCAGCGAAGUGGGCGUGUCUUAUGUAACGUGCUGCUGCACAUGUAAAGAUCGUGCUGCCCCGGGGUCACCCAGAGCGAUGAGGAUCUGCGAAUGUCACUGACAACAGACUAGCCCCAUCCGUAUGGUGAGCGGGGUCAGGACCCUCAGGUGACCCAAGAGGUCAGAGAAAAAUGAAGGAACAGAACGAUCAAUCGCUUGCCUACACCAACAUCACCCCUACCCAGCAGAUCAUAGCGUCCUCUGCAGGCGCUCUGCUGACAUCAUUCUUUGUUACACCUUUGGAUGUCGUCAAGAUUCGACUUCAAGCUCAAAGCAAACCUUUCACUAAAGGGAAAUGCUUUGUGUAUUGUAAUGGACUCAUGGAUCACUUGUGUGUGUGUCUGAAUGGGAACAGCAAAGCGUGGUAUAAAGUGCCGGGGCGAUUCACAGGAACCGUGGAUGCAUUUGUCCAAAUCAUCAGAAAUGAAGGGGUCCGGUCACUUUGGAGUGGGCUUCCCCCAACAUUAGUAAUGGCUGUCCCGGCGACUGCAAUCUACUUCACCUGCUAUGACCAACUACGAGACAUAUUGAUCCAUCAUAUGAACAAUGUAGAGACUGCUUCCCUCAUUGCCGGAGCCACUGCCAGAUUAGGCUCAGCUACUCUGAUCAGCCCGCUAGAGUUGAUCAGGACAAAGAUGCAGUCCCGAACGCUGUCCUACAAGGAGCUGACAUCAUGUAUUCAGAGCUCCGUGGCCAAGGAAGGCUGGCUGUCCCUGUGGAAAGGAUGGGGCCCCACUGUCCUGCGAGAUGUGCCCUUCUCUGCCAUGUACUGGUAUAACUAUGAGCUUGGAAGGAAGUGGCUUUGUCAAAGAUACAACAAAACGGAACCAACUUUCUCGAUUUGCUUUGUGUCAGGGGCCCUGUCUGGAUCAUUCGCCUCUGUAGUCACUUUACCGUUCGAUGUGGUGAAAACGAGAAGACAAAUCGAAGUUGGAGAAUCGGAGGUGGUGCACAGUUCACAGAAAAAAUCUACGUCCACCUGGAGGAUAAUGCGUAUAAUAAUGUCCGAGAACGGCUUCAGCGGUCUUUUUGCUGGUCUCAGUCCCCGCUUGAUCAAGGUUGCGCCCGCCUGCGCCAUCAUGAUCAGCUCCUAUGAAUUUGGGAAAGCCUUCUUCCGCCAGUUAAACAGCGACCGGCAAUUGAAGACUUUGUGAUCGAGUUUUUCGUCUCAUUCAAGGCACAAUUCCUUCCUUUUUUAUUGUUGCCCCUAUAGGAAUGUCGCCGACUGUCCGGUGCGGUGUGUGAGCACAUGGCAUGUCAUGUGAUGUGCAGGUACAUAAACUGGACUCAAUCACAGGGAAUCUGCCCAAAUGGCUACAAGGUCUUCAAGAUUGUUCUUGCCGGUGGUUAGUUAUCGGUACGACGUCCUGUUGGGCAUUUCGCAGUAUUUUGGAUGACUACUUUAGAUAUCCAUGUUCCUGUGGAGACCAGAGCAGUCGAUCUCCGGCUGUGUUGUUUGUUGCUAGGCAAUAUCUGAAGGUUUGAGGCCUACCAACUCUCUAGAUCUACUCUAUCUGUAGAUUUGUGUUCAAGAACAUGGGGGGAGAUUUAUCAAAACCUGUCCGGAGGAAAAGUUGCUGAGUUGCCCAUAGCAACCAAUC